CUUCAUGCCUGCAACUUGUUCCUUCCUAUCCUUCUUUUGAUUUCGAUCUAAACCAACUUCUUUACUCUUGCCACGUUUCCAUAUCCCUUGUGUCAAGAACAACCCGGCAAAUUUAGACAUUCAUGUCGUGGACUGCGACACUGGAAAGGAUAGGCAGGUAUCGCAAAUCAGGCCAUCCUACCUAGCCAGACAGCAGAAAUCCAGAACAAGGUUUCUCUUCUCUUUCUAUAACUCGCCACAUUGCCUACAACCAAAUUUACAAAGAUCAUCGUACCGCCACACAGGCAUCGGCACGGUCAAGCUACGUGGUUCGAUAUACUAUCAGUUAAUAUAGUUUUCCUCCUACCAACACGUCAACACCUGGCAUCAUGUGUAUCCGUUUCGACCACCCGAUCCGGCCUUGCCCCCGAAGAUGCAAAAACAAACAUGAUCCAAUUCUGGUCGAGUGUGACGAAGCCUAGAAAGAAAGAUACACUACCCACUACUUCUGUCCGGACAUUCUUCACGUUGCAAUACCCACGAAUAUAUCUAUCUGCUGCCACGAACACCACAGGAAACGGCUUGACGUCAUAGCAGAAAUAUUCAUGGACACAUGGGACGAGCUCAUCGAAACAAGAAAGGUUAUCUUGGCGACACAAGAGAUGAACGAGAUGCAGCGUACCGAGCUCGACACAGAACUGUCAAUAGCUACAAGGGCUGUGGCGCACCUGCCAAUACGUCAAGGGCUGGUUUACAAGUCGCUGAAAACAAACACGCCCUUCUAUCAUCCUUUUAUGGCCAACAUGUUCCGACAGGUGGAGGAGUGUCGUAGGAGGUUGAUCCUGGCUGGUUUUAUCUACGAAGAACCCACCCCGCCUUGGUCCCAGCCGGUCGUCGAAGGCGACGUCCCUGAUACGAUGCAGCCUGCAAAUGGGCUCCCACUCUUUCCAUCCCGUUCAUCCAGCACGUCGCGCCCAAAUACCCCAGAAGCCGUUGAAGACAUAGGGGAUGACUACAACGGCUACGAUCCCGAUGAUGAGGAAGCCGUAUAUGAAGACGAUCUCGACGAUGAUCUUCCCAGCAUCGAGGAGUUAGGGAUACGGUAAUGGGGAACAAGCCGGCAUCGUCAUGGUUUUGUUCUAUAAACGGGGUUGCCAGCCUUCUCUUCCUGCUCAGUCACCAUCGUACUAGCAUUGCCCGGCCACGAUGGGCUAAUAAAGGCUGAAUGUCAAUGCUGUUAAGCUCGAGGUGGGAUUACGUAGCGUACAUUUGCUUUCACGUUGGGCUUUUCUUUUUCCUAUAGCUACAUCUACCUAGCGUAUUAGCGACUUUUAUUUACACACUUU